AUGCGAUUUGGACUUGUUGCGAUUGUAUUGCUUAGCAUUUGCUGUGCAAAAAUAUUGGCUGCAAAUCCUGUGUGUAAAGGACCAUCGAAGAUUGGUAACAUUCCGGAUUUACCAAGAAUUAUUCUGUUCAUGGUAGGAUUCAAGGAUCCAGCAAACAACGAGGUAAGCAUACAUCUUUGAAAUAGGUAAUAAUAAUUGUUUUUAUUUGCAGAAGAUGAAAACUUUUAAAGCUAUCGAAUAUAUGUUGUGUUCUAUUCCCAGUGAUUCAGAAUUGACCGUAAUAUUUUCCUAUUAUCCAACAGACGGUGCCGAAGGUGUUUCUGGAGAAUACGGUGUGAAUUCUCGUCUCUUCAUGAAAGGUAAUUUUGAUUAUUUCAGUAAAGUUUCAUAAUUUAGAUUUUCAGAUAAAACUCAUCCACUUGAUUGUGAGCAUCUUAAAAACAAUUUGAAGAGCGUCAAGGAUUUAGGUCGAAAGAGAUUCGAUUUCAUUUUUAACAUUGAAGAUAAUACUGAAUGCGAUCUCCAUCAACUAUUUUUAGAUAGAAAACUGGACAAAAGCAUAUUCAGAUUUCAUGGAAUUCGAAUUAAUGGAGCUGGUAAACAAGGUGAUUUCAAUUCUUUCAUCGCUAGAGUCGGCGAUGAAAACAAAUAUGAUGAGGAUUUGGCAAAAAAAGCUGACCGUUUCAUCAAACAUGUUAUUGAUGGAACAAAACCAAGCGAUGAGGAGUUAGCUGAACAAUUGAAGGAGUUAAAACCUCAACAAACCAACAACAACAACUCAACAACUCAAAAACUCAACAUCACACAAUUCAGUGCCAUUUUUGCAAUUGCCUUUUUUGUCAUCGCCUCAAUUUUUUGA